AUGGGUCUUCUUACCCUCAAGGAAGACAGGCCGACGCCCAAGGAGGUGUACAACUGGCGCGUCUACGCGUGCGCCGCCGUCGCCUCCUUCGCUUCGUGCCUGAUCGGUUACGAGUCCGCCUUCUUCGGCACCACCCUCGCCCUUCCCUCCUUCACCUCCGAGUUCAAGUUCAGCACCUAUGAGCCCAAUGAUCUCGCCCUCCUCAAGCAAAACAUCGUCUCCGUCUACCAGGCCGGUGCCUUCUUCGGCUCCCUCGCCGCCUUCGUCUCCUCGUACUAUCUCGGUCGCCGCUACUCUCUGGUCCUGUUCAACGCCAUCUUCGCUGUCGGAUGCAUCAUGCAGCUUGCCUGCACUGGUGACAAGGGUCUCGGCCUCAUCAUUGGCGGCCGCGUCCUCGGUGGCUUCGGUGUCGGCGGCUGCUCCAACAUGACCCCCAUCUACAUCUCCGAGCUCUCCCCGCCUGCCGUCCGUGGCCGCCUCGUCGGUUUCUACGAGCUCGGCUGGCAGAUUGGUGGCCUCGUCGGCUUCUGGAUCAACUACGGCAUCAACACCACCAUGGCCCCCAGCCACUCGCAGUGGCUCAUUCCCUUCGGUGUCCAGCUCAUCCCCUCCGGUCUCCUCUUCAUCGGCUGCUUCUUCAUCCCCGAGUCCCCCGCUGGCUCCUGUCCAAGGAUCCCCGUGGACCACCCUUACAUGCAGGAGGAGCUUGCCCUCAUCGACGACGACCUCGAGCGCUACCACCGCGAAGUCGGCGCCGGUUUCUGGAAGCCCUUCAAGGCCCUCAAGGACCGUGCCGUCCAGUGGCGCUUCCUCCUCGGUGGCCUCCUCUUCGUCUUCCAGAACGGUUCCGGCAUCAACGCCAUCAACUACUACAGCCCCACCGUCUUCCGCAGCAUCGGUAUCCAGGGCACCAACACCUCCUUCCUCACCACCGGCAUCUUUGGCGUCGUCAAGACCGUCCUCACCUUUGUCUGGCUCCUCUUCCUCAUCGACCACGCCGGCCGCCGCAUCAUGCUCAUCGUCGGUUCCAUCGGUGGCUCCCUCUGCAUGUGGUUCAUCGGCGCUCUCCAGCGGCGGCAUCGCCGCCAUCUUCUUCUUCUACCUCUGGACCGCCUUCUACACCCCCUCGUGGAACGGCACCCCUGGGUCGUCAACUCGGAGAUGUUCAACCAAAACACCCGCUCCCUCGGCCAGGCCAACGCCGCCGCCAACAACUGGUUCUGGAACUUCAUCAUCGCCCGCUUCACCGAGCAAAUGUUCAACGCUUGGGGCUACGGCGUCUACUUCUUCUUCGCCUCCCUCAUGAUCCUCUCCUCCAUCUUCGUCUUCUUCUUCAUCCCCGAGACCAAGUCCAUCCCCCUCGAGCGCAUGGACCGCCUCUUUGCCAUCAAGCCCACCUGGCGCGCCCACGGCGUCCUCAUGCAGGAGCUCUCCCAGGAGGAAAUCCGCGCCGACAGCCACAGCCAGAGCGACAAGGCCGACGUUGUCGAGGAGGAGAAGCAAAAGGCCGCUACCACCACCCAGGUCUAA